CAGUCUUGACCAGUGCUAGUACUAGUAGCAAUGGGGACCCUCACAAUUUGUGCGGUCCUCUUAGUGUUUUCGCAUGCCUUUGGGCUAUUUUCGACAGAAGGAGCACAAGUACCACAAUUCCUGAAAAGAAAAUAUGGAAAUAAUUAUGGAAUGCUAACAGGAGCUCCAGAGCGAGCACAGCAAACAUACACAAAGACAAAAACUAAAACCAAAACGAAGACUAAAAGUCCGUAUGCUGGAUCGGGAAUGGUCUAUCCUGGACCAAUGGCAACUGAUUUUCCACCUGCUACCAACUAUGGAACUAAAAAUAUAGCUUCACAAAAAAUGAUUUCUUUCGCUGGUGGUUGUAGUUCGCCUCCUCCAAACCCUUUGAACUCCGGAAUGAGGUGUUCCAUGUUCAGUGGCUGUAGGGCGGACUGUAUCCCUAAUUACCAAUUCCCGAAUGGUCAGAAAAUGGCGAAAUUUCAAUGCAUCAAUGGAAAAUGGGAGAUAACUGACAGCGAUUUGGUAUCUGUGUCAUCUUGUGAACCUAUUUGUUUACCCCAGUGCCAGAAUAAUGGGAUAUGUACCGCACCAAACCAAUGCAAUUGUCCAGAGAAUUUUUCUGGACCGCAGUGUCAAUUCCAGGAGACACCUUGUCUCAACUACCCCAAUAUGCCAUUGAAUUCAAGAAGAACCUGUAAUUCAAAGCUCUGCACCAUAUCGUGUAUGAAAGGACAUGUAUACCCUGAUGGUUCAUCGAUAACAACAAUGCAAUGCAAGAAUGGCAACUGGGUUCCAUCUAAGGAAAAAUGGACAUCCAUUCCAGAUUGUAAAGCAACUUGUGACCCUCCUUGUCAAAAUGGUGGAAAUUGUCUCUCAUUCAAUGUGUGCCAGUGUCCACAGGCGUUCAGGGGACCCCAGUGCCAAUACAAUGAAGAUUCAUGUUCUGUCAAGAAGUUAGGAACUAACGGUGCCUACAACUGUUCCGGUAAUGCGGACUCGUUUAGCUGUUCCAUUUCUUGUCCGGAGGGCAUCGAAUUUCAGUUUCCACCGGAGUCAGUAUAUACAUGCUAUUACUCUACAGGAGUGUUUACUCCAAACCCAAUACCGAGAUGCAUUUAUUCUGAACUUUCUAACAUCAUGAGGGUACCUGGAGCUUCCCACAAUUUCCACAUGUUUAAUGGUUCAAACAUUGAUUUGAAUAGUCUUUUUGGAAACGAUGGUGACCCGAUGUAUAGCACACCCCCAACUUAUACUUUCAUCCCCAAUAAUCAGUAUGCCUAUACUGUUCCUGAUAAACUUGUUGAACAUACAAACAUCAAAAACCCCCGUGGGGGAUAUUUCGGACGAAACGAUUUCGAAAUUGUAACCGUAGAGCAGAAAUUACCAAAACCAGGCACCUGCUUUCAUUGGGGAGGAAUUCAUUACAAAACCUUCGAUGAUAGAGUUUAUAGUUUCGAUUCAAAAUGUGCCCAUAUCCUAGUAAGAGACGCCGUGGACCACACUUUUAGCAUAAUCACGAAAAAUCACGAAGACUGUUACACCAACGCUUUAGAUUGCCAUAAAGUCAUCAAAAUAUACCUGCAAGACAGACAGUAUUUCCUAGAACUAUCUCCUGAAGGUAUUCCGAUAUUCGGAUCCGGGAAAAAACUGUUACCCAUACCUGGACAGGCCCCUGGUAUAAGAAUAGAGAUGUCUGCACAUCAUCUAGUGGUGUCGCUUGAUGUAGUUGGGGUUAAAUUACGUUGGGAUGGACAGCAUUUUGUCCAAGUGGAAGUAAAAGAAAAUCUCUGGAACAGAACUGAAGGUUUAUGUGGAAAAAUUGACGGUGACCCAACUAAUGAUCUGAUGAUGGAAGACGGACACCUUCCUAAGAAUUUAGCUUCAUUUGCUACCAGUUGGAAAGCUGAAGCUCUUGAAGAUAAAUGUGAUGAUGUACCUGAGGAAGAGAAAGUAUGUGAAGAUACAGGUGUAGAGGGUUCUGCAGGACAUGAAGCAACGAAAUUUUGCAAAAAAGUCAUGACUGAUAAAAGAUUCAACGCUUGUCAACACGUUGUUGACAUAUCUUCUCUUUAUGACGCAUGCCGUUCGGACUAUUGUCGGUGCAAGAAUCAAGAUCGUUCCUCAUGUUCUUGUGAAACUUUGAACGUUUAUGUCAGAGACUGCUCUCAUGAAGGUGUAAAAUCAUUGAUGAACUGGAGAGAUGACGAUACAUGCCCAAUGCAAUGCGACGCCGGCAAAGUAUACAAGCCCUGCGGUCCCGCCAAGAGCCAACCCGCCUGCGGCGCCAUCUCCGAGAUGGAACCGGAAGAGGAGGGCGCAUGCGUGGAGGGGUGCUUCUGUCCCGAGGGCACGGUCCUCGACGCGGGCAGGUGCAUCGCCAGGGACAAGUGCCCUUGCAGCUUGCGCGGGAAGAGCUUCGCGCCCGGGUCCUCGGUGCCCAAGGGCUGUAAUACGUGCACGUGCAGCGAAGGCCAGUGGAUUUGCACACAGGUUGACUGCGGUGCCAGAUGUUCAGCGAUUGGAGAUCCCCAUUACGUUACCUUUGAUGGCAAAAAAUUCGACUUCAUGGGACAAUGUUCGUAUUAUCUGGUUAAAAGUGAGAAUUUUUCAAUAGACGCUGAGAACACCCCUUGUGCAGGUUCCAUCUCACAGGCAAUGAAUUUUCCUGCAAGUGUAUCUUCCGGAUUACCUUCGUGCACAAAAACGGUAACCAUCAAGAUGAGUGGACAUAUAAUAAAGUUGAAACAGAACCAUGAAAUUGUGGUCGAUGGACAAGAUAUUUCAAUUAUCCCAUUCGAAAUAGCAGGCAUAAAAAUCAGAAGUGUAUCUUCCAUUUUUCUUCUCACAAAAUUGCCUAAUGGUAUAGAAAUAUGGUGGGAUGGCGUGACGAGAGUAUACGUUGAUCUUCCAGCUAAAUUUGCAGAGAAAACAAGGGGACUUUGUGGAACUUUCAAUGACAAUCAGAAAGACGACUUCAUCACACCUCAAGACGACAUCGAACAAGCUGUGAUUCCAUUCGCCAAUAAGUGGAAAACUAGCGAGAAGUGUAACGAUUUACCAGAAGUUUUAUCUUCACAUCCGUGCGAUAAAAAUAUACAGAAGAAGGCUACAGCUGUGGAGUAUUGCUCAAAAAUAAAGUCUGAUCUUUUCAAAGAUUGUCAUUGGUUCGUUGAUCCUGAUGACUACUAUCAAGACUGCUUGUAUGACAUGUGUUCCUGUGAAUUCAAAGUAUCGAGAUGCCUGUGCCCGAUCCUAUCGAGCUACGCCACCGAGUGCUCCCUCAAGGGCAUCAAAAUCGACUGGCGCCAGGAAGUCCGCGAGUGCGGACUGCACUGUCCCGGUGGACAGAAGUACCAAGUGUGCGGUAACUCCUGCACCCGGACCUGCUUCGACAUCGCCGUUGAACCUGAUUGCAGGCGGCAGUGCGCCGAGGGUUGCAACUGCCCGGAAGGGCAGGCAUUAGACGAGGACGGCGAGUGCGUGCCCAUCGGGCGGUGCAAGUGUCAGUGGGACGGAAUGGAUUUUCCGCCCGGGUACCAGGAAGUGCGGCCUGCGUCUAAAGCUCCGGAAUUGUGUACAUGCACCAAUGCCCUAUGGCAAUGCAGAGAAGCUACACCUGAAGAAAUGAAAAAGUAUCCAAAUGCCAAUGAUUUGAGUUCCAAGUGCAACGCUUCCGCCAAUAUGGAAUUCACAACAUGUGAACCUGUCGAACCUGUUACCUGUAAAAAUAUGCACUCUCCUGAUCUAUACACAACAUCUGUAUGCCAUGCUGGUUGUAAAUGCAAGAAAGGUCACGUAUUGGACACUGUGUCGAAAAGAUGUGUGAAACCGACUGAAUGUCCUUGCCAUCACGGCGGGAAAAGUUACAAAGAAAAUUCUACAGUUCAGAGUGAUUGCAACACUUGUUUAUGCCAGAACGGUAAAUGGAAGUGCAGCGAUAGGCAGUGUACGGCAGAGUGUAGUGCUUGGGGUGAUUCACAUUACAAAACAUUCGAUGGCAAACACUUCGACUAUCAAGGCCAAUGCGACUAUAUUUUGGCCAAAGGCAGCUUAGGCUCAAACGCAUUCGAUGUCACAAUACAGAAUGUGCCUUGUGGAUCAUUGGGCACAUCUUGCUCCAAGUCUGUCUCAGUUAAAGUGACAUCAGGAAGCGAGAAGGAUAGCAUCACAUUAGAAAAAGAUAAGUUGUCGGCGAGAUACAAGAUGUACAAGCAUCUAGUUGUGAGACAAAAAGGAUUGUUUGUUAUCGUUGAGGCCCCGGAAUUGGGACUAUCUGUGCAUUGGGAUCGAGGGACAAGAGUCUAUGUCAAAAUCGAUCCCAAGUGGAAAGAUAAGACCAAAGGACUUUGUGGGAACUAUAAUGAUAACGAAGCUGACGAUUUCCAAACACCUUCAGGUGGUCUUACUGAAGUAUCAGCAAAUAUUUUUGGAGACUCUUGGAGACUUCAGCCAUAUUGUCCAGACGCUUUGGAAAUAUCAGACACCUGCGUGAGCCGACCGGACCGCAAAGUGUGGGCCACCAAGCAGUGCGGAAUCAUGAAAUCGGCGCAGUUCUCCGCCUGUCAUUCCGAGGUGCCCGUCGACCGAUUCUUCGAAAAGUGCGUGUUCGACAGCUGCGCCUGCGACCAAGGCGGCGACUGCGCAUGCCUGUGCACGGCGUUGGCCGCGUACGCGCACGAGUGCAGCAAUCGGGGGGUGCCCGUCAAGUGGCGGGCCCAAGAACUUUGUCCGAUCCAGUGCGACGUUAGGUGUACCACGUACAGCCCUUGCAUAUCCACAUGUCCCGAAGAAACCUGUGAGGACCUUCUCGUCAACAAGAAGAUUUCCAGGUCCUGCAGCGAGGACACCUGCAUCGAAGGAUGCGAACCGAAGCCUUGUCCGCCUGGCCAAAUCUACACCAACUCUACCCUCCUCGAAUGCAUUCCCAGGAACGAGUGCAAGCCGAUCUGCAUGGAAAUCAACAACAAAACCUUCUACGAAGGCGAUCUCAUGGAGGAGGACCUCUGCCACAGCUGCUACUGCUCGCGCGAGAAGAAGAUUUGCAACGGCGAGCCGUGUGUGACGACGCAUGCGCCGGAGAUGACGACGCACCAGAUGGAGCAGAUGGGGCGGUGUACGCCCGGCUGGUCCAGUUGGAUCAAUCGGGAUAACGGCGGAUCGAAGACGAAGAAGAGGCAGAACAGCAAGGAGGUGGAGGCGCUGCCUAGUACUCUAUUGUUGAACAAUUUGGAAGGAUCAAGCAAAUGCAAUACAACUGAAAUGAUAGAUAUUGAGUGCCGUACAGUCGGAUCACAUCUCUAUCCUAAGGAAACUGGAUUGGAUGUUGAAUGUUCUUUGGAAAGAGGUCUGAUUUGUGAAUCGCAAACGAAAGGAAAACUCUGUCCAGACUUCGAAAUCAGAGUUUUAUGUUAUUGUGGUGAAGAAUCAAGCACGCCGAUCGAAUCCACCACACCGAUGUACGAACACACUACCGACCACGCAUGCGUCAUAGGCAGUCCCAGCAAAGAAGAUCCCACCAAUUGCAGCGCCUUCUAUGAAUGCGCUCCCGGCAAAGAGGGCAACGAGUGGGUCCUGAAAACUUGCGGAUCUGACAUGAUGUACCACCCGGAGAAGAGGAUUUGCGAUUGGCCAGCUGAAGUCAUGGGCAUCAAGCAAUCAUGUGGAAAAGAAUUCUAUGGUCCAGUUGAACCUGCAGAUACUUGCCCCCCUGGACUGGUAAAAAGCGACUGCGCCAUCGAAUGUGACAGGCUGUGCGUCCAUUACUCCCACGUUGUCAGAUCGAGAGGGGGAUGCGACGGGGAGACGAAAUGCCAAGCGGGCUGCGUGUCGGCCAACAAGACGAUGGCAUGUCCGAAGGGAAUGUUCUGGCUCAACGAACACACUUGCGUUUCCAUCGAGUCUUGUUUGUGUGUCGAUGACGAGGGUGUACCCGUGAAGCCUGGCGAAGUUCGUUAUGAAGACGGCUGCCGCGAAUGUCAGUGCAUAAAUAACGUGUACUCGUGCCACGAAGGCUAUUGCACUACAACGGAGGAGAUAGAAGAGGGAAGAGAAGAGGGAAGAUCAGGUUUCGGGCAACUGGGACAGCAAGAAAGACCGCGUACCAGAAAGCCGCCCACCAGGCCACCGCCUCUAUUGACGACGUUGACUCCACCGCCUUCGUGCCAGCAAAAUAGAUACAUGAACCUUCUGCAAGGGGAUAGUCCUCUUCCAGAUGAGGCUUUUAAUGCAAGUAGCGUACUGAGCAAAAUAUUCGCUCCGAGUAACGCCAGAUUGGAUAGUAAAGUGUCCGAAAAUUCAGGAGGCAGUUGGGCACCGAAAUACUCCAAUCAAGAUCAAUAUUUGCAAGUGGAUUUCGGAAAACAGGAACCUGUUUAUGGAGUCAUCAUCAGAGGUAGUCCAUUGUAUGAUGAAUAUGUAACGAGUUAUAAAAUUACUUACAGUCCAGACGGCCAUAGCUUCUAUUACAUCCUGAAUAACGAAAACUAUCCUAUGAUUUUCCGGGGGUCUAUUGAUACAACAACGCCCGUCAAACAGAUGUUCAAUAAACCUGUAGAGGCCAAAAUAAUACGCAUCAAUCCACAGACAUGGAAUAACGGCAUUUCGUUGAGAGUAGAAUACAUCGGUUGCUCCAAAUAUGUUGCUACCACUCCACAACCGGCAACUUUUAUGCCGACUACAAUGAAGCCACAAUUUUGUGACGAUCCAAUGGGUGUUGGUGACGGCACAAUGGCCGACGAACAAAUAUCGACCAGUUCUGAUAUCUCGAAAGAUCACAGUAAGACACAUCUGAAACUAAAUGGCGAUUCUUCGUGGCAACCACUCACCAAUUCGCCCACUGAAUGGAUCAUGUUUGACUUCUUGGAACCCCGAAACAUCACCGGCCUUGUAACGAAAGGCGGAGAAAACGGAAGGGUCACAGCAUUCACUGUGCAAUACUCGCACGACAACAAGAACUGGAACCCGGUCGUGGAUAAGCAACAAAAAGAAAUCGUAUUCCUCGGCAACUAUGACGGUCACAUGCCCCAGGUCGUCAACUUCGACAUCCCCAUAAAUACCCGGUACUUGAAGGUCAUACCGCACAAGUGGCACAAGAAUAUCCAGAUGAGAGUUGAAAUACAUGGUUGCUUCAAACCGUACCCAAUACUGACGACAGAAUUUCCACUAACAACGAUCGCACCUGAAGAGUGCAAUUAUUGUCCAGGAGUGGAACGGGUGGAGAUGGAGAUGGACGCUUGCAGAUGUUUGGUUAAUUUGUGGUGGGACGGCGAAAAUUGCGUCAAUAGGACACAGUGCCCAUGCAUGGUUGGAUACAUUCCGUACGCAGUCGGUUCUGUUUUUGAAGAAGAAGAUUGUUCUGAAUGUUUAUGUAAAAUUGGAGGAGUACCUCACUGUACGCCGAAGAAAUGUACUCCUUGUGCUGAGGGUUUGAGGAGUACGGUCACAAGUACUUGCGGAUGUACAUGCCAGCCAUGUCCAGAAAAUACCACUCUAUGUCCGACCAGCAACAUCUGCAUCGACUCCAAUUUAUGGUGCAAUGGAGUCCAAGAUUGCCCCGAUGACGAACUCAAUUGCAUUCAUACCACAGAAAAAAUAAUUACAAAUAUUCCACUAUUUGCAACUUCUAAGCCCCGAACCCACGUGGCAUGCCCUGUCGUGAGUUGCCAACCUGGCUACAAGAAGGUGCCCAAAACUGGACGUGGAUAUCUAUCUCCGAUCAUAACUAGCCAAAGAAAGGGUAACAAUCGCAAGACUUACUCAGGGUACAAGAGGAAAACCAGUGCUCCAUUCAGUAGGGCCGGUAGAAAAACUCUACAACGUCCGUCGAAACUGACCGAGCAGCCGUCGCGGCAAGGACUGACCAACAACAGCAAAGCGGAAGAGUGCAAGGAGUACAAGUGCAUUCUUGCCAAACCUGCCCCGCAGUUCCUGCACAGCUUGGACGAGUGUCCUGCCGUGAUAUGCCAGGCGAACUACAUCCCAGUAUUCGAGGCGGGACCAUCGAAAAAGGAAAAAAGGUGUCCGAGCUACUCUUGCAAUCCUCCACCAGAACCAGAUGCCGUCUGCAAUGUAACGGGAAGAACAUUCAAUACGUUCGAUAAUGUCGAAUACAAAUAUGACAUUUGCAAUCACGUAUUGGCGAGAGAUCUUGAAGCUGACGAAUGGGACGUAUCUUUGAAGAAAAAUUGUACAAAAUCCUGCUCUCAAGAUCUGAUCGUUCGGCAUAGCGAACAUGUCUUCGUGAUUCAUCCAGACCUCUCCGUAGAAUUUGAUGGAUACCGGUAUACCGUGGAACAAAUUGAAGGAAUUGGCGAACAGAGUGACGACUUCGCGAUAUCCCAAAUCGGCAACACCGUGCUGUUUGUUUCGCACCGGUACGGCUUCUGGAUCAUCUGGAACGAGGCUGGUGACGUCAAGCUGGGCGUCGUCCGCAAACUGUCCGAGAAAGUGGACGGCCUGUGCGGCUACUUCAACGGGCUGCCCGACGACGACAAGAGAGAGCCGGACGGCAGCGUGGCGAGGACGUCUGUCGAGUUCGGGGACAGCUGGGCGCUAGCACGUGACCAGCCGGAGAUAUGCGAGGCGCGGGUCUGCCCGAUCCACGUGCAAAAGCGGGCUUGGGACAUGUGUAACUCGGUCAAGGAAACAUCUCUAUCACCCUGUGCUAAAGCCGUCGAUAUCGACGCCUUCAUCUCUCGUUGCUUGGAAAUGACUUGCGCCUGCAUGGAACGCUCUCCUGAUAACCAUACGGCCGAAGAAGCCUGUAGAUGUCAAGCCUUGCAAUCGUUCGUAGUCGACUGUCUUUCUGCCGAUUCCAAAAUCGACAUUUCGGAUUGGAGAAUGAAGCAAGAUUGUCCAACAUCCUGCGAAGCACCUCUAGUCUACCACGACUGCUACCAGAGAAAGUGCGAGCCCACGUGUCAAUCGAUCGCCGAUCCCAACGUGUGCCCCAAACUGGACAACGUCUGCUUCCCGGGCUGCUACUGCCCGCCCGGCUACGUCAGGAAGGCCGACACUUGCAUCAAGCCGUCCAGCUGCCAGGAUUGCGAAUGCAACGUGCUGCCGCAUCUCAAAUACGUCACCUAUGACGAGAAUAAUUUCACCGUCACCGGGAAUUGCGUGUAUGUUAUGUCGAGGGAUAUUCCGGAUGAGAAUAAGCAGCAUAAAUUCCAGGUUCUUGUGACCAAUCAUCCUUGUAAAAACAACAAUGAGAAAAUGUGCAUCGGGAAGAUCACCAUACUGUAUAAUGGACACAAAAUUCACGUUUUCCUCGACGAGUACCGUAACAAACUCAAACUGGUGGUUGAUAGUGAGAGGAUCGACGACUUUGGUGACGUAUCGCAAUGGGCUGACGUUAGACAGACUCUGACGAAGCAUUUGAAGAUAUUGCUACGGGACAUUCAAGUAGAGGUGUCGGUGUACUACCCCUCUCUCGGCGUAUCCGUCAAGGCCCCCUCGCACAAAUAUGGCGGGCGUCUCGAGGGCAUUUGCGGCCAGUGCAACGGCGAUCCCGACGACGACUUCACGACGCCGUCGGGACGCAAGCCGAAUGACGUCGACGACUUCGCCACGAGCUGGCUGUACGAGCACUUGCCAGGCGGGCAGAGUAAGGAGGAGUGCGGGAAUAAAGUGGAGGAGAAGUGUCCACCUGUGCCAGAGGGAUCGGAUCCGUGCGGUCAGUUGAUCGAUGCGAACAAGUUCGGCCAGUGCUUGAACGUACGGAAUCCGAAUCUCUUCAUCGAAUGGUGCAAAAAGGACUCGUGUGGGAAACACCCGGAACUGUCAUGCAGUGCAAUAGAGGCAUAUGCAAGAGAUUGCGCCAGUUCGGGAUUCUGCAUCAAUUGGAGGAACGAUCUGUGUCCAGCUAAACCGUGCCCGGCCGGCCAAUUCUACGAUCCUUGCGGUACCAGUAGCCAGAAAACGUGCGCUGAUUUGAAGGGUGGCAUCAAAAGCGCGAAGAAGCAUGCCAUUCCGACCGAAGGGUGCUAUUGUCCAGAAGGGAAGGUUUUGCUCAACGAUACGUGCGUGAUACCAGAACACUGCGUGGUCUGCGAUAGCGAAGGUCAUCAUCCGGGCGACCACUGGAAAAAGGACAAAUGCACGAACUGCACUUGCGAAGGGACAUCUCUCGAAUGCGAAACGCAACAAUGUCCAAGCGCCUCUACGAUAUGCGGAAGAGGGUACGACGCCGUCAAACUGCCCUCGGACGGCGAAGAAUGUUGCGAUAAGUUUACUUGUGUUCCAGAAGCGACCGCCUCUCCCACUUGUGACCCCCCGCAGAACAUCACCUGCAACAAGGACCAGAUCCUCAAGCUUGACACGAAGAGUAACGGCUGUCAAUUCUUCAUCUGCGAAUGCAAACCGAAGGAAGAUUGCGAACCGCUCGACAUGUCGACGGUGCCCCCUCUGGAGCCAGGCUACGUCAAGGUAGUCGACGAGAGCAGUUGCUGCCCGGUGGUGAACCUGCAGUGCAAGAAGGACUCCUGCCCGCCGCCCAAAGACUGCCCUCAGUUCUACUCGCUCAAGACGGAGAAUUCGGCCGGCAAAUGCUGCCCCUUCUAUUCCUGUGCGCCGCCCAAGGACAAGUGCAUCUACGAGACGGAGUACGCUGCCGCUGAAAAGGGCGGAGAGAGAAAGUUGACGAUGCUGGAGAAGCAGAAGUUGCUGAAGAACGCCAACGAGACUUGGAAGGACGGGCCUUGCAGGGAGUGCAAGUGUGUUUUCACGAAUAUAGGCAACUACCAGCCGACGUGCUCGCGCACCGACUGUCCCAAACUCGCCGCCCACGCCGACUACGCCGAGUUCGAGCUGACCGAGCGGCCGUCGUUCGGCCGGUGCUGCGCCGACGUCGAACGGACGGCGUGCAAGUACGACGGCGACGUGUACGAGGUCGGCGCCAACUGGACCAAGCCGCGCGACCGGUGCACGAGCUUCAGCUGCGUGCGCACCGAGGACGGCGUGCACAAGGAGACGAGGGUGAAGACCUGCGACGAGAAGUGCGAGCUUGGAUCGAAGUACGUCGAGGCGGCCCCGGAAUCCACCGAGUGUUGCGGCUCGUGCCGACAGGUGGCGUGCGUGACAGACGGCGUGGUGCACGAGAUCGGCGUCGAGUGGCACUCGGAGGACCACUGCGUCACUUAUUAUUGCGACAACGUCAACGGUUCGGUACAAACACAAGCUAUUGUAGAAAAUUGUCACGAAGUAGACGAUGAAAUGAGUAAAAACUUCGUGAUUGAAACUUUACCAGUGGAAGGAAAAUGUUGUUCUCUCCAUACUCCAAUCGCCUGUAAAGAAGAUGGUGUAGAGUACCAGGUGGGGCAAGUUUGGCCCUCGCCAGAUGGGGACAAGUGCAAAACAUUCAAAUGCGUGAAGAAUGAAAAGGGCGACCUAUCAAAACAGGAAUCAGUUCAAACGUGCAAAAAAGAUUGCGCAAAGGGUCAGGAAUACCGCGAAUCGAACACGACAUGUUGCGGCGACUGCGUGCCAGUGGCGUGCAUCGUAGAUGGAGAGGUGAAAAGGCCGGAGGAAAUAUGGCAGUCGCAGGACAACUGCACGACGUUCACCUGCGAGCGGUUGGGUGACCAGUUUUCGGUGGUGAGCAAGCAGGAGACCUGCCCUUCGGUGGCAGACUGCCCAGCAGAGAAUGUCUACCAGAAGGGCUGCUGCCAGUUCUGCAACGUCACUUCUGGGGCACUGGCACUAUGUAGCCCAGAGGAAGUAUCAUUAGAAAAUACGAUUGGUCUGCUGAAUAUCUCGUUUCAUUCUCAUGAACAAUGUACGAACAAGGAUCCCAUUCCUAAUUUCGCAGAAUGUAUGGGGACCUGCAAAUCAUGGACACACUUCAAUUCAGGGUCUUCUAUGCACGAUUCGGCAUGCUAUUGUUGCCAACCUACGGACUACAAGCACGCCAUGGUCGAACUGACUUGCGAGGAUGGAAAGCAGUGGAAAAAGCAAAUAGCGAUUCCGUCGAAAUGUGGGUGUCUUGGUUGCGAGUCCACUGACCGUGCCACUAAAAAAGCUUCACUCAAAACAGUGUAUCAUUAGUCAUUAGUUCUUAGGAUUAUCGUAGAUUUAUAUUUUGAAGGUUUAAUUAAAAUCAAUCUUUAAUAUC